AUGGGUCUCAUGCCACCAGUCUCAAAUAGCCCAACACUACAAGGCGAUUAUGAUAUAUUGAUGAAAGAUGCGCAAGAGCUGAUCGCUCGCAAAGACAAGCUAGAGCAAGAACUAAGAGAGUUGGAAGAUGUCCUCAUCAGUGCUGGUGUAGGCAUGGAUACACCUUUAGUUGAUAAUGCAGGCUUUCCUCGAUCAGAGAUUGAUGUUCACACUAUCAGAACCAGCCGCAAUAUGAUUCAUCGUUUGAGAAAUGACCAUCGAGAUAUCAUGUCUGAAAUUGAGGCAACUUUGCAUCGAAUCCAUCAGUUGAAGAAAGCAUCCGACGAAGCAGGCACCACUACAUCAGCUCCAACAUCCACAAGUAGCACUUCGAGUACCAAUGCGACUACCUCUGAUUCUAUCGGUAAUAUAUCAGAUGCAACCAGAAGCGAUGAAAGGCCCAUUCCUUUCGCAGUGGUAAAUGCGGUUGCACCUGAUUCCCCCGCAUACAAUUCUGGAUUACGCAGAAAUGAUCAAGUUGUUCAAUUUGGAGGUAUUCAUGCUGGCAAUCAUAGCCGUUUACAAGCUUUGAAUACACUGAUCAGCCACAGCGAGAAUCAGACACUGACAUUGUCUGUCUUGAGGGAUGGAAUUUCACUUCAAAUGUUGAUACGACCAAGAUCUGGAUGGGGAGGUAGAGGCACUUUGGGUUGUCAUCUAUUGCCUUUGUAA